AUGAUCCGUAAUGAAAAAGCUUUACACUUUGGCACAACUUUUGCACAAGAUUUCCACGGCUAUCUAACUGGCUUUGAGCCUUUUGGUACCCUUGGCGAUAAGAGGGAUCUUGUACAGAAAGUAAUCAAGAAACAACUCACUAAACAAUUGAAUUUUACAUCGAAGCCACUCUCUGAUGAGACCUCUUUCGCUCUCGAUGUCGUCUUUGGCGAUUCUUCAGAGUGGAAAGAGACUAACAUCACAAACGACAUACUUAACGUUGUGUCCCGCCUGUCAUCAAAGAUUUUCCUUGGAGACAAACUUUGCCGCAAUGAAACCUGGAUCAGGCUAUCAAAAGAAUACGUCGUCACUGCUGUCGAAUCCACGAAGAGUUUUCUUGCAUGGCCCAGGUACUUGCACUUCAUGAUCCCAUGGGUUUCAAAAGAUGCCAAACUAGUCCUUCGGCAGCUCGAUGGCAUCCGCGCUAUUCUUAGACCGAUUCUGGAGGAGAGGGAGCUGAUGAAGGCUGAAGCCAGAAAGAUGGGUACGCCAGUUCCGGUCUUCGAAGACACAUUGGAGUGGCUUCAGGAAGAGAGCCAGGGAGCUGCGUAUGACCCUGCUGCAUACCAGAUGCUUCUUACCAUCGCCGCCAUCCACACGACUUCUGACUUGCUUAGUCAGGUUAUUAUGCGUCUUGGAAACGAGCCGCAUCUUAUCGAUGACUUGAGGGCGGAGAUUGUAUCCGUUCUCGGCGCUGAGGGGUUUUCCAAAGCCUCAAUCGCUAAUUUGAAGCUCAUGGAUAGUGCGCUCAAGGAAACACAGCGAAUGAAGCCGUUACAGAUGCUCGCCAUGAAAAGAAUUGCAGAGAAGAAGGUUGUUCUCUCCAACGGUCUUACUAUCAACAAGGGCGAUCGUCUUGCGGUGGAUGCACACGCAAUGCUUGAUCCAGAGGUGCACCCGAAUCCAGACAAGUUCGACAUUUAUCGAUACCUUCGGAUGCGCGAAGACACUAGUAAUUCUACAAAGGCGCUCCUUGUUACUACUAGCCCCGAAAACCUCACCUUUGGCCACGGAAUUCACGCAUGCCCUGGACGUUUCUUUGCUGCUCUCGAGGUAAAAAUUGCGCUUUGCCAUAUCCUAACAAAGUACGACUGGGAGCUUCUACCGGGAUCAAACUUGGAGCCGUUUGUCCAGACUGGGGACCAGACGUGCCUUGAUCCUAGGAAUAUGGUGCGCUUUAGACGUCGCAAAGAGGAGAUUGACUUUGAUUCUCUAUCCUACAAAUAA